UUUGUCUCCAGAGUCAAAUAUUUACUAAUGCAAUUGUAUUGUUCACAUUUCACAGAAAUAACACGUUAGGAAAGAAGUGACAAUAUGGCAACCGCACAGAAGCAACGAAAUUCUUUGAGCGCCAUGAUAUUCCCUAACAAGAUAUCAACUGAGCAGCAAUCGCUGGUAUUAGUGAAGAGACUGCUGGCAAUAGCUGUAUCUUGCAUUACUUAUCUAAGAGGGAUCUUUCCAGAAUAUGCAUAUGGAACAAGAUAUCUAGAUGAUCUCUGCGUGAAAAUACUGAAGGAAGACAAAAACUGCCCAAGCUCUGGUCAGCUAGUGAAAUGGAUGUUAGGAUGCUACGACGCACUGCAGAAAAGAUAUCUCAGGUUGAUCGUCUUAGCGGUCUACACCAAUCUGGAGGACCCUCAGACAAUUACAGAAUGCUACCAGUUUAAAUUCAAGUACACCGACAAAGGACCAGAGAUGGAUUUUGUAAGUAAACAUCAGGGGGACAAUUCCACCAUCACGUGCGCAGAUACAAAGAAAGCAAGCAUCCUGCUGCUAAGGAAGAUUUAUGUUCUGAUGCAAAAUUUGGGCCCGCUGCCUGAUAAUGUCUGUCUGACAAUGAAACUCUUCUAUUACGAUGAAGUCACCCCACCUGACUAUCAGCCGCCGGGUUUCAAAGAAGGUGAUUCUGAGGAGAUGGUGUUUGAGGGGGAGCCUAUAUAUCUCAAUGUGGGUGAGGUCCCCACCCCUUUUCAUAUGCUGAAAGUUAAAGUGACGACCGAAAAAGACCGGAUGGAGCAGGUUGACCGGGCCAUACUAACGCAAGCGGAUUCGUUGACGCCUCCAAAGGCACAGCGACUUGAUGAAGGACACAGCCAGCAAACAGAUGAGGAUUUUAUUACAGAAAAUAAAAUGAGGGAGCAGAGAAAUGCAAAGGAGGCUUUGCACAUCAGAGAGCUAAAUUUAACAUGUGAAGAAGAUGAAAUUAUGAAUAUAGAAGAAAGCCAGAAUUUGUCCAUCGAUAAUUCUCAGGUAGACUGUCUAGUAAAGAAUACUGCCGAACUCGAAGUCUCUGAGGGCAAGACUCGGAGUGGAAGGAGAUUUCAGUGCAACAAAGGUGGUGUGGAAAAGGGCAAAGCACUAAAAUGUCCUAAAGACAUACAGAAGAGGCACAGCUUGGGAUCCAGCAAGCCAGUCUUUCAUUUUGAAUGCUCUCCAAGCCAAGGUUUGCGUCCUAAGCGGAGACGAUUCAGUGAACCGAAGGAGCAGUUUUAGAUGGGAGCGUCUUGAUGUUUUCGUUCCGCUUUGUUCUGCAACGUUCUGACUAAUUGUAACUAGUCUUUGGACAUUUUGAAGAGAUUAUCAUUUAAACUGUUUAAUGUUCUUCAGUGUCUUUUAUAUGCAAUCCAAAAGUGCAGCUUUUGAAUCCAGAGGUAAAUGAAGCUCAAAUCAAGAAAGACCCCGCUUUCAUUUACAUUAGC